GAAGUGGGGCAUAAAAAAAAGGACGACUCACCACCAGGAGAAGCAUCUAACGUGCCCGGGUGAGCUCGGGACUCCUCGCUCCUUAUCUAUUUAUUUUAACGUAACCUAUAUGAAUGUUCAUUUUUAAUACGCUGUUCCCACCCGUGUUUUAAUCGGUUACAUACUCAGCAGGUCGGAACCGUGCGGUUAUUAGCUAAAACAAAGCGGACCCUCAUAACCGUUUUAGCUAGUCUCCGUCAUCGGUAACCGUUUUAUUUCUUUAAAAGGGGACACUUUUGGGGGGGCAAAUGUUACUCUAAAUCAUCGGAAACUACAUUAAAACGUCAAAACAAGAUGGAUCUGCGUUUACUGUUAAUAGCAUCAUUAUCAGCGGUCCUUGGUGGCAGCUGGGCACAGCCAGAGGGGAGCAUAUGCAUCAAAGCAAACGCACAGUCAUGUGGGGAAUGCAUUCAGGUCGCCGAGACAUGUGGAUGGUGCUCAGAUGAGAAUUUCCUCACUGUGGGUGAAUCCAAGUCAGCCCGCUGUGAUGAUCUGGAGUCCCUGAAGAAUAGAAAUUGUGACGUGACCAAAAUUGAGAACCCACGUGGAAGCAUUACCACUGACAAGAACAAGCCUGUCACCAACCGCAAGAAGGACAUGGCUGAGAAGCUGAAGCCUGAGCAGAUCACCCAGAUCCAGCCCCAGAAACUCACACUGACACUUAGAUCUGGUGAGCCCCAGACUUUCGAGCUGAAGUUCAAGCGUGCUGAGGACUACCCCAUCGACUUGUAUUACCUUAUGGACCUCUCCUUCUCAAUGAAAGACGAUUUGGAAAACGUCAAGAACCUUGGCACUGACCUCAUGAGGGAAAUGCAGGAGAUCACCUCAGACUUCAGAAUUGGUUUCGGGUCCUUUGUGGAGAAGACUGUCAUGCCUUACAUCAGCACCACACCAGCCAGGCUCAUCAACCCCUGCACAGGGAACCAGAACUGUACCAGCCCCUUCAGCUAUAAGAACGUCCUGAAGCUGACAGAAAACGGAGAUGAGUUUAAUCGGCUGGUCAGUCAGCAGCAGAUCUCAGGAAACCUCGACUCUCCGGAGGGGGGCUUCGAUGCCAUCAUGCAGGUGGCGGUCUGUGAGGAACAUAUCGGCUGGAGGAAUGUGACUCGCCUGCUGGUGUUUUCCACUGAUGCUGGUUUCCACUUUGCUGGAGACGGCAAACUGGGUGGCAUUGUCCUGCCCAACGAUGGGAAGUGUCAUCUGGAGAACAACAUGUACACUAUGAGCCACUACUAUGACUACCCCUCCAUCGCCCAUUUGGUCCAGAAACUGAGUGACCACAACAUCCAGACCAUCUUUGCCGUCACUGAGGAAUUCCAGCCUGUUUACAAGGAGUUGAAAAAUCUUAUUCCUAAGUCAGCUGUUGGCACGCUGUCCUCCAACUCCAGCAAUGUGAUCAAACUUAUUAUUGAUGCCUACAAUUCUUUGUCAUCUGAGGUCAUUCUGGAAAACGGCAGGCUACCAGAGGGAGUUUCCAUCACCUACAAGUCCAUCUGUAAGAACGGCGUUGAGGGAACAGGAGAGAACGGCAGGAAGUGUUCCAACAUCUCCAUUGGAGACGAGGUCUCUUUCAGAAUUUCCAUUGAAUCCCAGAAGUGUCCAUCACAUGGCAAAUCUGAGGUCAUUAAGAUUAAACCGCUGGGCUUCACUGAGGAGGUGGAGAUAGUUCUGAACUUCAUCUGCGACUGUCAGUGCGCAGCAGAAGGCCAACCCAACAGUGACAAGUGCCAUGAGGGCAAUGGGACCUUCGAGUGUGGAGCCUGCAAGUGUAAUGAUGGACGUAUUGGGCGUCUUUGUGAGUGCAGCAAAGACGAAGUCCGGACAGAGGACCUGGAUGCCAACUGCAGAAAAGACAAUGGUACAGAUAUCUGCAGCAACAAUGGCGACUGUGUCUGUGGCACCUGCGAAUGCAAGAAGAGGGAAAAUCCAGCAGAGGUCUACAGUGGAAAGUACUGUGAGUGCGAUAACUUCAAUUGUGACCGCUCCAACAACAAGCUCUGUGGAGGACAUGGGCGUUGUGAAUGCAGGAAGUGCAUCUGUGAUGCCAACUACACCGGCAGUGCCUGCGACUGCUCGCUGGAGACCUCCACCUGCCUCGCCAAGAACGGGCAGAUCUGUAACGGUCGUGGUACCUGUGAAUGUGGAAUCUGCAAAUGCACCAACCCCAAAUUCCAGGGUCCAACCUGCGAGAUCUGUCCCACCUGCCCCGGUGUCUGCGCUGAGCACAAAGAUUGCGUGCAGUGCCGAGCAUUUGAUGCUGGAGAGAAGAAGGAUACAUGUGAGCACGAAUGCAGCUACUUUGAGCUCAUCAAGGUGAAGGAUCGCGACAAGCUGCCUCAGCCCACAGACCAGAGUUUCCCUCUGACUCACUGCAAAGAGCGAGAUGCCAACGAUUGCUGGUUCUACUACACCUAUGCCAUCAGGAACGAUACCAAGGAGGUCUACGUGGUGGAGAACUUGGAGUGCCCAGCAGGACCUGACAUCAUCCCCAUCGUGGCAGGUGUGGUUGCGGGCAUUGUGCUGAUCGGCCUCGCCCUGCUGCUCAUCUGGAAACUACUCAUGAUCAUCCAUGACCGCCGAGAGUUUGCCAAAUUUGAAAAGGAGAAGAUGAACGCCAAGUGGGACACGCAAGGGAACCCCAUUUACAAGAGUCCUAUUAACCAGUUCCAGAAUCCCAGCUAUGGGAAUACAGCCGCUGCUCUUUAGGGUGAGAAUCCAAUUUACAAAAGUGCCGUAACAACUGUCGUCAAUCCAAAGUACGAGGGCAAAUGAUGGAGCUGUGCCCUCAUUGUGACAACACUGUAUGGAAGAGAAAAUGGGCGGGGUGAAGGGAGGGGCGGGUUUUCUAAUGCUCUCACUGUUUGUUUGUUUGUUGUUGUUGUAGUCACCAAAAGAUAGCAAUGCAUUUCGCCACUAUUUCAGUUUGUUUUACUAACUUGGUUUAUUUUCUAUGCAUCGUCUGAAAUGUGUACAGUCUGUGUAAAUGUGGGGUUUUUAUAUUUUAUUUUAUGCCUCUGCAGAACUUGAGAGAAUGUUUUUUGAACAGAUUUUUUUUUUUUGUCCCGCCACAGGACUGGCAAGGUAACAGAAAGCCUAACUGUGCCUUUUUUUUUUUUUUGUCAUAGAACCAUCAAGCUAUCAGUGUUUCGUUGAGGGUGUAAUUUGAUGUUGAUAAUGGGCAACAAAUGGAAGCGUUCCUUUCCAAAUUACUAUGUAUACAAUGUGGAGUACGCUGCAAUCUUGUCAGUCAGUGAUUCAAAACUGCAGGUGGGCAAAGGUCUUCAGAUUGAUCUGCCGAUUGAUUUGAGCAAAGCUUUUAUUGUGUCUGUAAGCGUUUUGACUGAGUAGAUAUCACUUCUUUUUAAAUGUCUCUUUGGAUUGAACUUUUCAUAUGUAGCGCCAGUUGGCCAUGUACGGCAAUGAAUUGUGUACAGUAUAUUUUGGGUUCUGUGUAAAGCCAUAUAUGUAUUCACAGAACAGGGUUGAAGGCGUUAGUAUUUUUUUGCCAAGUGACUUAAUCCAUCUGAACAAUCAAUUGAAAUGUAUGUUUAUCUACAAAAGAUAUUUUCUUGGGCUGCCUUUCUAGGUGAAAGGACAUCAGUGUACAGUAGUAUUACUGUUUGGCUCCAGGUUUUACUUGCUUAAUUUAAAAGCCAACUCAGGUCCUUUAAUCUUCACAGCAAUGCCAAAUACGCAAAUCUGCCUUAUUUGCUAACAAAAUUUCCUUAUAUUGAAAUGCCUUGUUUUAUUUGUAGAAUUUGAACUGGAAGAAGGGUCCCAGUUUUUUUUUUACGUCAGUAAUUCCAACCAACUAUUUGGUGGUGCCUCGAUCAAACGUUUUUUAUUGAACAGAAAUAGGAGUGGAUAUAAUGUCAUUCAGUUCUAAAGAUCAAUUGACAGAAAAUGGCUUUAGAUCUCAAGAAUUUUUAGUUUUUGUAAAAAAAAAAAAAAAAAAAAAGGUUACACCUGUCACCGUUGUUUUUAAGUGCCUUUUUUCAAUUUCGACAACACGUUCACAUUUGCAAUUCUGUAUUUCUGAAAUUAUUUAUUGAAUAAACAAUCAAAACAAUUUACCCCCA